GCAUAUGUCAAUCCUUUGUAUUGUACUCGAUUGUACUCAAGUUAUUGUAGGUUAUGUUUUUAUUAUUCACUCCAUAAUUCCAUUUCAACGCAGUGUCUGAUGAAAAGUUGUGCAAUUAUAACUCACACCCGAACAACUCUCCAAAAAAUCAAUGUGAAUGUGGUCGCUGCCUUUUAAAGCUUUGCAGAAGUGUAAGAUGUCUCAUAAAACAUUAAUAGACUUCGUGGUGAAAUACCACACACCACGUUUGUUGAAUAACGUUGUAUUCUUCCCGAGCAAUGGAAACUCAUAUUUUGGCCGAAGAUUAAUGGUGCCUCUGUCUUCAUCAACACCUAAGGUACAAUCGCCGAGGAAUUUCAGUACAAGUUCACCAAAAAUCAAUGAAGUGCAACUGAACCAGAAACCGAAAAAAACAGAGGGAAGUUUCCAGCUAAUGUUCACAUGCAAGAAAUGCAACACAAGAAACUCAAAGUUUAUUUCAAAAUUAGCUUAUUACAAAGGAGUUGUUAUUGUGAUUUGCGAAGGCUGCGAAAACAAACAUUUGAUUGCUGAUAAUCUGAACUGGUUCACUGAUAUGAAUGGCAAGAAAAACAUUGAAGAUAUCAUGGCUGAAAAAGGAGAAACGGUACAGAAGAUAAUGUCAUCAGACCUGGAAUUUAUUGCUAUGGAAGUGGCCAAAAGUUUGGGGAAGGAUGAAGAAAAAUUACUGUUAAAAGAUGAAAAGUGAUGGAAAUAUACUUGUUUAAGUUUGUGCUAGUUAUUUAUUUUUAGUUUACUUAAUUACUUAUAGAAUAUUUUGUAGAAAACAAUGUAGAUUAACAAGUAAUUAAUUUACUGUUCCCUGUGCCAAUUGCACAAAUAGCAAUGUUUUCAAUUUGAAUAUUUAAUGUAGUGUAAGAAUACUGAACUACUCGAAAAUAGCGCGGAUUUAUUGAAUGGAAAUUAUAAUAGACAUAGCCCAUUAAGAAAUGUGUAUUAUAAUGUUUCAUUGUAGCAAAAUAGAUGUAGUUGAAGAAUUCAACUGUAAAACCAUUCAAUGCAUAUUUGACAGUAUUCUACAAAAUUAAUGUAAUUUUUAUCAUUAAAAGCUGAGAAAGCUAUUCCACAUAAAUUGUAAGACAAAUAGGAAAUAAAACAUAAUAAAAUUAAAA